CUUUAAAGCAAUCAGAAUCCUAGAUAAGUUUGUCAAAGUUUUCGUGCUAUAGUUAUUCUCAAAAAAACAUGUUUUUGGUGAACAUAUUGAUUGUUUUGGCUCUAUGUUUGUUGGUGUUGGUUAUAGCUGAUCUUCAGGAGGACCAUCUAAAUGAACACAAUCGGUUGAGGGAGAAGCAUGGAAGUCCGCCUCUGACCUUGGACGAUGAACUCACAAAGGGAUGCGAAGAAUAUGCUAAAGUGCUAGCCAAUAAUGAAAAGUUAGAGCAUUCAAGUUCUGCCGGUCAAAACUAUGGUGAAAACUUGUGCAUGCGGUCACAAACCCCUCUGCAAUGUGUUCAAGACUGGUACGACGAAAUCGCGGACUACGACUUUGAAAAGCCACAGUUUGCAAUGUCAACGGGUCAUUUCACCGCCCUCGUUUGGAAGAAUGCGAAAAAAAUGGGUAUUGGGCAAGCCAAGGACAAAAAGGGUUACUACUGGGUGGUAGCAAGAUAUUAUCCACCAGUCAAUGUGAACGGGCAGUUCGAAGAAAAUGUUCUUCCGCCGAUCAAAGGGGAAGGUGAUGAAAAUGGUCAAGGCAAUUUGAAUAGAUUUCAAGUUGACAAUAUUCCCAUCAUAGUCAUGCUUUGGUUAUGCUGGCAAUUCACAAAUUGAGGGUCAUUAUCACUUUGAAGUUUUUGUGCCGCAGUUCUUGUAAAUUUGUAGUUAAGCAAUUUGAAAAACCAAUUACUGAUAUUUGAAACUACUCUGUACCCAAUAAUAAAUUUCACUUUUUGGAAGUUUGGUGAAU